AUGCUCUCCUCCUUCCUUCCUUCCGGCACCAACACAUCAAACUCCGGUCAUCACAGCCCCGACAAUGCAUCCGAAACACAAUCAACCACACAGUCCGCACCACUCGAGCACAUAUCCACCGCAAUGCCACCAGUCCCAACCAAAGGUCGACGCAAACGAAUCGUCGUAGCCAUGACCGGAGCCACCGGCUCAAUCCUGGGAAUCAAAGUCCUCAUCGCCCUUCGCCGCCUCAACAUCGAAACCCACCUCGUAAUCAGCAAAUGGGCCGAAGCAACCAUAAAAUACGAAACAGACUAUCACCCGCGGAAUGUUCGUGCCCUAGCCGACUACGUCCACAACAUAAACGACAUGGCGGCACCCAUAUCCAGCGGGUCCUUCAAGACCGACGGCAUGAUCGUCGUCCCAUGUUCCAUGAAAACACUCGCCGCUAUCAACUCCGGGUUCUGUGAAGAUCUCAUCUCCCGGACUGCAGACGUCAUGCUCAAGGAGCGCAGGAAGCUGGUUCUUGUUGCUAGGGAAACGCCUCUUAGUGAUAUUCAUCUUCGCAAUAUGCUUUCUGUGUCUCAGGCUGGGGCUAUUAUCUUCCCGCCUGUGCCGGCGUACUAUAUCAAGGCGGCGUCUGUGGAUGAACUUGUGGAUCAGAGUGUUGGGCGCAUGUUGGAUCUGUUUGAUCUGGAUACGGCUGAUUUUGCUAGAUGGGAGGGUUGGAAGAAGGAUAACUGA